UGAUACAGAUACAUCAUCGACAGAAAUAUAUAUUUUGAAAUACUGUUUCGUACACAAGACUUCGCAAAAUUGCUGGUGCUCAGCUUAAAAGGGAUGCGGUAACUAGACAAUAAACCGGAACGAAGAACGCUGUUGUAAUGGCCGAAAAAGUCACCGAGAGUUUACCUGCAAGCCAGAAUGAGUCUGCACAGCUGGAAGGUUGUGUGGAUUUGGACUCGCAUGUGUUCAAGACUCCCCAAAAAGAAAUCAGUGGACCACAAGAUAUACCAAAAUGGGAAAAGUCGCAGGCAUAUCAUGAUAUUACUGGUUUCAUUCUAACAGUAAAUGAUGCCAUCAAAGGCAAGAAAAUGACUGAGAACUAUCAUGUAUCUGAGCUGUGUGAGAAGUUAACUGUGAUGCUGGAUGAAUUUUCUGCAUGGAUCGAUGAGAUACCACCGGUUGAACAACCACAGAGGUUCGGCAACAAGGCCUUCCGGGAUUGGUUUAACAAGUUAAAAGAGAAUUCUGAUUCAUGUCUGAAGAAAGUGCUGGAUGAGAAACUGUUUCCUGCAUUGCCUGAAUUAAGUCACUAUCUCGUGGAGAGUGUGGGCAACUCAACAAGAAUAGAUUAUGGAACAGGUCAUGAAAUGUCAUUUGUCGCAUUUCUCUGCUGCCUGUUUAAGCUAGGAGCUUUAAGAUCGGAUGACUUCAUAGCUUCUUGUCUCAAAGUGUUUUUUAAGUAUCUGAUUGUUGUGCGGAAACUUCAGACUGUGUAUCGGAUGGAGCCAGCAGGAAGUCACGGGGUGUGGAGUUUGGAUGAUUAUCAUUUUCUACCUUUUUUAUUUGGGAGUUCUCAACUUAUAAAUCAUCCUAGAAUAUUUCCCAAAUCUUUUGUGAAGCCAGAAAUUUACGAACACUUCAGUAAGGAUUACAUGUUCUUAUCAUGCAUCAAAUACAUCAACGAGGUUAAAACUGGACCAUUUGCCGAGCAUUCUAAUCAGUUGUGGAAUAUCAGCGGGGUACCAAACUGGGCGAAAGUCAAUUCAGGCUUAAUUAAAAUGUACAAGGCUGAGGUGCUAUCGAAACAUCCAAUUAUGCAGCAUUUUCUCUUUGGAAGUCUGCUGUCCAUUGAUCCUCUACCUUGAACAUUUAUCGUGUGGAAUCUAAUGCACUAAAAAGUAUCAACAAAACGUGAUAUAACAAAAUAGCUAGAUGAUGCCACACAGAGAUCAAGAGGGAAUAAGCUGACACAUGUACCAAAGAAUAUUCAGAAAACAUAUGAGAAAACAAGAUACACGUACUUUGGUCUUGCCAUACACAGAUCAGGGGCAAUAUUGUAAAGUGGUGUUUAGCACCGUCUGUUUGUCUGUCAGUAUGUCUGUCUGUCUGUCAUACAUGUUACCAGUGCCAUCCUCCCAUAGUGAGGGUAGGAUGUCCUGCCUGUCGUAGUGUGUUCGCUAGAAGGUUGCAGGUGGAGAUAUUUUAAAAUAAUAAAUAAAAAAUUGUUUUUGAUUGUCUUGGAAUUUUGGAAGAUCUAAGCGUUUUUUUGAUUGGUUGGAUGAGAUUUAGCUCAGUUGGCAGAGUGCUUGCCUGGCAUGCUUGGGUCAUGGGAUUGAAUCCCCUCAGCAGACCCACUGGAUUUUUGUCCAUCCCAACCACUGACUCGCAACUGGUAAUUGUAUAUCAAAAGAUGUGGUAUGUUCUGUCUUGUCUGUGGGGAAAGUACAUAUAUGAUUGUUUUAUGUGUUAAAUGUUUGAUAUGCUGUCUGUGCCACUCUUUGUUAGGUGGACAACCCUAACAAAUAAAUAAAGAUCCUUUGUUGCUAAUGGGGAAAAUUAGGUUUCCUCAGAAGAUUGCGUCACAAGGACCAAAUGUUUGAAA